AUGAAAGAUGUGGCUACAAAUUCAGAAGCAACAGCACCAGAUGGAAUUUUCACUACUCCGGUUGACAUGGCAGGCAGAUCUGUCAAUUGGACUGUCAAGGAGGAGGAGCCCCAGACAAGCGGUGAUGGGAAUAAGCCGGCUCGCGCGAUCCGCAGCUUCAGAUGGUUUCUCGUCUGUUUGUCUCUCCUCAUCAGCGCUCUCAUCUACGGUCUUGAUACAACCAUUGCCGCUGACGUUCAGGGCUCCAUCGUAGAGGCUUUCGGUCACGUCGACCAGCUUGCAUGGAUUGGCGCCGGCUUCCCUCUCGGAUCCGUCGCAGUUGUGCUCCCUAUCGUGGUGUUGUCCACACGCUUUAACAUGAAAUGGCUUUACAUCUCUUCCCUUGUCCUUUUCGAGGUUGGAUCUGCUGUGUGCGGUGCGGCCCCUAAUAUGAACGCCAUCAUCGUCGGAAGAGUCAUUGCUGGGGCCGGCGGUGCGGGUCUCUUCCUCGGUUGUCUCAACUACUUCAGCACGCACCAUGACGGUGCCAUCUGA